AUGAGAAAGGUUAGGCCGCCCUACCCACCCGCUGCAGGAAGCUAUAAGAGUCAUCUAUCCUGCUACUUUGAUAGAAGAGAGAAGAAAGGCAAAAAGGAAAUCAGCCUACCUAAGAGAGGAUUUGCUGCUAUUAGUAGUGUGAUAUCACUGCCUCUUUCUUUUAGCUCAAUAUCUGCCUUUGUCGACCAGUUCCUUCCGCUGAGGACGCCGAGAAGACUGCACAGUGCCUGGUUUAAAAGGGCUGCCGAACCCCUCCGUCCUCCUUUCACACAGCAACAACAACAUCACCAUCACAACAAACAUCUUUCUGUCAGGCUCUUCUGCUUCCACCACUUUCAUCACCAUCAUCCACACCUGAUAAUCGUUCAAAAAGCCUUUGAAAAGGACAAACAGAACCUCCAAGAUGUACUUCAACGUGAGUAUCUUCUCUAUGCUUCUCUUUGGCUCCCUGCAGCUGAAACGUGUUCUGGGCCACUAACGUCCUUGCAGGUUACCAUGAAGCCUGGUGCUCCCGAUGAGGCCCUCGCCAAGGCAAAGGAAUCAGCCAAGAAGACUGGCGGCACCAUCCGCCACGAGUACAAGCUGAUUAGAGGAUUCACUGUGGAGUACCCUAAUGACCACAACCUUGAUGACGUCCUCAAGUCCAACGACCAUAUCCACGUUGAGCAGGAUGGCCCUGGGCCAGCUAAGAAGGUCACUGCUACUUCGACCAUCUGA